AAUGUGGUGGUUUAGGUGCUAAAUAGAGAGAGAAGAAUGGUGGGUGUUGGGUGAGGAGGGCAAUUUGGAGCGAGUUAGGAAGACGCCGAGUUGACUAAUGGCAUCCAGCAUGUGCAGCCCUAGGGUUGCUGCGGGUCGAACUUAGUGUUGUCAACGGAUGGACAGCUGAAUAAAUUCCUCUAGAUCGGGGUGGGAUUGGAAGUGGUUCUAUGACGGAAUUUCAAAGGGAAAAUGGUAUCAUGGAGGUAAUGGAGAUAAUGAAGUUGGUUUGGGAUGGCACUGGAGAGUACAAAUAGGUGCCUCGAUCAACCAUCAGGACAGGAUUGACCAGCAAUCAAGUCACUCGAAUUUGAAUCUUUACAUAUAUACGAUCUUCUAUCAAAAACCAAACCAACCCGAUCCCACCAGCCAAAAUGUCUACACUCCUCCAAUCCUCUGCCGCCCACCCCAUCCUCGUCACCGGCGCCACGGGCUUCCUCGGCGCCCACAUCGUCUCCCAACUCCUCCACGCUGGCCACCACGUACGCGCCACCGUCCGCUCCCCCUCCUCCAUCCCCAAACUGCGCACCACCCUCGCCCAACCCGCUUCCCCCACCUCCCCCCUCACCAUCGCCAUAGUCCCCGACCUGACCGCCCCCGGCGCCUUCACCGCCGCCGCAGAGGGCGUCGUCGGCAUCAUCCACUCCGCCAGCCCCUUCGUCCUCAAAGUCGAGAGCAUUGAAAAUGACCUCCUCAAGCCCGCUAUCAACGGCACGUUGGAAAUCCUGGAGGCCGCGGCCGCCACGCCGACCUGCGCGCGCGUCGUCAUUAUCUCGUCGUUCGCAGCCGCGCUGAACCUCGAGGCCGGGAGCCGGCCGGGGUAUACGUACACGUCGGCAGACUGGAACCCGUCGACGUACGAGACGGCGCGGACGGGGGACGCGCUAAACGGGUACGGGGCGAGCAAGACGCUGGCGGAGAAGGCGGGGUGGGACUUCGUUGCGGAGCGGAAGCCACAUUUCGAGUUGGUGACAACGUGUCCGGCGUGGAUUUUUGGGCCGCGAUUGGAUGAGAUUGAGGAUUUGGGAAGGCUGAAUGAGAGUACAGGGGCGAUUUACAGGUUGAUUAACGGGACGUUGAAGGAGGUGCCGGGUACGGAUUUCGGGGCGUGGGUGGACGUGAGGAAUAUCGCGAAGGCGAGCAUACAGGGGUUGGUGAGGCCGGGAGUGGGGGGAAAGCGGUAUCUCGUGACGGGAGGGAAAUGGAAUUAUCAGGAUGCUGUGGAUGCGAUAUUGGAGGAGUUUCCGGAGCUGGAGGGGAGGGUUCCAGUGGGGAAGCCGGGGUCGGGGAAGGAUGAGAUUGAUCUGUGGUAUAAGGUCGAUUCGAGUCCGGCCCAGAAAGAGCUGGGAAUCGACUGGAUUGAUCUGAAGAAGUCUAUAGUUGACAUGGUGAGGACCUUGCUGGACAACGAGAAGCGACUUGGAGUUACUCACUAAUUGGGUAUUCUGAGGUCAUGGAUAGUCA